CUCGAUCAGAAGGUCAUCCUGAGGACGAGGAGGAGGAGGAGGAGGAAGGAGAUGGGGCCUCAGAGCCAGAACACCUCUCUCCAACGCCUCCACCUCGUCGAGAAGAGGAUUGUGCGAGUGUUGGAGCUUGCUGGGCUGGUUAUGGAUGAGCUUGCGAACUCUACUGGGCCUCGAUCCGACGCCCUCACUAGUCAUUGCCGUGAAUUUAUGGAAUCCAUUAGGGAUAUACAAGUGACAUUGCGCGAUGAGAUUAAAAGUGCUUGUGAUUAUCGCCCAUUUGAGAAGUGUGAUUAUAAUGCCAGAAUUUCUAAUGAAAUUUGCUGCAAGAAACUGGAAUAUGUCAUUGAGAAGUUGGAUGAUAUGAAACAAAGCAUCGAACAAUGUAAAGAUGGAAAUUGAGAUGCUUCUUUUGGCCUGUAGUUAUUUCUUGCAGCCCAUCCUGUCGAUGGCCAAGCUUGCGAUCUUCCUGUACUCCUGGUUCUAGUCAUCCUAACCGUUACGCUUUAGGAUCCUUACCAGAGAACUGAAGAUUGGAUGACUGUAAUUCUCAAAUCCAGUUAUUUCUUCUCAGACCGUAAGGAAAGAUCUCAUGAAUAAUUGUUGAUCAUUUUACUGUCUGGAGGAUUUGAUCAAUUGUUCUUUAGAACUUAGGGUUCAAAAGUCAGUUCAUGUGGUGCAUUUCAUUUAUCCUGUGUGUGGUGUAUUAUAGGAGUGAUGUCCUGUUGUAUCAAAUGAAAAACAAAAUUUAGGUUUUUAUUAAUUUUACAACAUUUUGCAUGAAAAGAAACAUUGUUGGAGGUUGACAAGCUUGUGUUUUGUGCUUGUUUAUCU